GAAAAGAAAGAUAGGGAGGGCGUGUGCUACAAACAAACAGUACUUUUCCUUCCAACCAUCACUGUUGUCUGUUUGUUUGUUCAGAGCUUCUUCUUCUUCUUCUGCUGCCAGAUAAACAAUUUUUCUUUUUUGUUAAUAAUCAAAUUGUUAAAUAAGAUUUAAAUAAAAAUCAAAAAGUUACACAGAAUCUUCUCCUCUCUUCUGUUUUCAAUUUUUCUUUUUAAAGAUUUAUUGAUUUUGAUUUUAACUUCCUAUUCAUUUCAUAUUCCCUUCCAAAUCUAACACUUCGCACUCUCACUCUAACACAGACUCUCUCUCUAUUCUUAAUUUCUUAACAAAUCAAUUUCUCGAGAUUUCAAAUCUCCCGGAUUCUCUCCUCUGCUCAAUUGUCGAAGCAAAACAUAAACAUUUUAAAUCUCAAUCUCCCAAAUCUCAGCUAAUUUUGUUUAACGAUCUGUUGACUAUCAAUCAGGCUUUAAUCUUUACCUUUUUUUACAGGUAAUGAUGGGUAUGCCUUUCUAUCAAUUUCAAGGAGCUCACUUUUUGUUUUAACGUGUCUUAAUUGUGGUUUUUUGAAUUGGGAAUGUAGGGUUUAAAAUUGGCAUUUAAAAACAAAAAAAAAGUUCCCAAGUUAAAUUUGUUAUGAAUGAAGAUGGUGCUAUUCAAAUCCAAGAUAAAAUGGAUAGCUUUAUUAGUGCUAAUACUAUCAACUGGAUCUCUGGUCAUUCACCUUUCUAUUACCAAGUUCUCAAGUUCCGGCAUAUUGCCUUAUAAUUCAGAGAAAGAUGUGGGUCUUGAAAUUCCUCCUUCAUCAAUUAAGAAUUUUAGAAAUCCCAAGUUAUGGGGUGUUGUUAAGCCGUUACAGUCCUUACAGCCUUAUGCAAACCCAAGAAGCAGCUAUCCAGCUCCAAAAGAAAAGAACAAUGGUUAUAUUUAUGCAAAGAUUUUCGGUGGAUUUGAGAAGAUAAGAUCUUCGAUCUGUGAUCUUGUCACCAUAUCCAGGCUUCUAAAUGCUACCCUUGUCAUUCCAGAGAUUCAAGAAAGUCUUCGGUCAAAAGGCGUUAGUUCCAAAUUCAAGAGCUUUUCCUAUCUCUAUGACGAGGAGCAGUUCAUUGCAUCACUUAAAAAUGAUAUAAUUGUGGUCAAGAGCCUACCUGAUAAUUUGAAAGCAGCUAGGAAAAAGAAUGCGUUCCCUACGCUUAAGCCCAAAAGUUCUGCUUCUCCAAAUUUUUAUUUUAAGGAUAUUUUGCCUAAGUUAAAGAAAGCCAAGGUUAUUGGACUGGUGCUUGCUGAUGGAGGAUGCUUGCAGUCAAUUCUUCCACCUAGCAUGUAUGAGUUUCAGAGGCUUAGAUGCCGAGUUGCUUUUCAUGCUCUUCAAUUUCGUCCAGAGAUUCAGGUGCUUGGUCACCAGAUGGUUGAGAGGUUAAGAGCACGGGGUCAACCUUUCCUUGCCUUUCAUCCUGGCCUGGUGCAGGACAAAUUGGCAUAUCAUGGCUGUGCAGAACUUUUCCAGGAUGUUCACACUGAACUCAUACAAUAUCGAAGGGCACAGAUGAUCAAGCAAGGGAUUCUUAGUGAAGAGCUUAGCACAGAUUCACAUUUACUUAGAGAAAAUGGGUCAUGCCCUCUUAUGCCGGAAGAGGUUGGACUUCUUCUCCGAGCAAUGGGCUACCCUCCCACUACAACGAUAUAUGUAGCAGGUUCUGAAACUUUUGGUGGUCAACGUGUUCUGAUUCCUCUUCAUGCCAUGUUUGCCAAUGUGUUAGAUCGCACUUUAUUGUGCAACAAUCAAGAGUUGUCCGACUUGGUUGGUCCUGAAACACUUCUUCCUCUUGAUUCUUUUCGUCUACCUCCUCCCAAAAGUGAGGAGCAACUCAAAGAAGAGUGGAAGAAGGCAGGCCCUCGACCUCGACCUCUUCCUCCCCCUCCAGACAGACCCAUCUAUCGACAUGAGAAAGAAGGUUGGUAUGGUUGGAUCACUGAGACUGAUGUUGAACCAGAUCCUUCACCAAUGGAUCUAAGGCGGCAAGCACACAGAUUACUCUGGGAUGCUCUUGAUUACCUUGUCUCUUUGGAAGCAGAUGCAUACUUCCCUGGUUUUAGUAACGAUGGAAGUGGAUGGCCAGAUUUUUCAAGCUUAGUCAUGGGACAGCGACUUUAUGAAAGUGCUGCUUCUAGAACAUAUCGGCCGGAUAGGAAAAUACUUGCAAAAUUUUUUAAAAUUACGCGCGAUAAUAUGUAUCAUCCAAAGCAAAAUUGGACACUUUCAGUGAGAGAACACCUCAAUAAAAGCUUGCGGGAGGAUGGUCUGAUCCAGCAGUCACUUUUGUCAAAACCAACUUCAUUUCUCUCACAUCCGCUCCCUGAAUGCUCUUGUAGAAUAUCAUCUUCUGAGUUUCGAACUCCUGUAGAAGGCAAUGAUGGUAGAUAUCUAUAUGGAGGUGAGGAUGAAUGCCCCGAAUGGAUACAGCGUGGACAAGAAGUUGUUCCUUUGGGAGUAGAAGGGGGUAAAUAUGUUGAGAAUGAGUCUGAAAAUGAGAAUGAUGUGGUUCAACAAGAAUCUGAUGAUAGCGAUGGUAAGAGUAGUGGAACUCUACCUAUGGAUCAGGACGAUGAAUGGGAUCCUAACGACUAGAACUGGAUGUGCAACAAUUUCAUUUGCUUUUAUUAUGAAGUUGGUGUUUGCUCCAGCAAAUAUCUUUUGGAAUGAGGUAUUUUGGGACUAAAGGUGACACCUCGAGAGAAUUCUUUUGCUUCAUAGCGACAACUUAGCUUUCCAAGGAAAAUAAAUUCAGAUUUAUUCUUUCCAGGUAGAUUGAGGACUUCUUCAGUUACAGAUAGAAAAACAAAACUUCAUAUACCUUCAUACAACAAACAUUUUGGACGUCUCAACAGUGAGAAUCGAGAAACGCCAAUGCAGCUUAGAAUAGUUGAUUGCAGCAUGUAAUUCAAAUGAAAGUUAAAGUUAGAUUAUUGAAGAUUAUUCGAGGAAAUUGAAGUUGGAGGAUGUCAUAUUGGGUAGCUUGCAAUCAGUUCCACUCAAUCGAUUGAGUAUUUGUUUCUGUUUCUUUUUUUUUUUCCUUGUGUAAACAAUGUUCCUCGUGGAGUGUAAAGUUGCUUCGUAAAGGGAAUCAAUGAAUGAAAGAGUUUUUUCAUUAUUA